AUGGCGCUCACUCCGCCCGCCCGUUGUGACCGCCGCCUCUCAUGUUCCAGUCUGGGCAACGACGGCUCCUACAACUUUAGUGUGGUGGGCGUGGGCGCCGGCGGAGGUGGGCGUGAGGUGGUGACGGCGCUCCGGCCAUGGGUGCAGUAUGCGGUGGUGGUGAGGGCGUACAACGCCCACGGCUCCGGACCCAUCUCGCCGCCCGUCGUGGUCAGGACGCUCGAGGACGUGCCUUCCGCGUCUCCCGUGGGCGUGGAGUGCAGCGGGGGAGCAGGAGGGUCGUCCCUGCACGUGAGGUGGGCGCCGCCUCCAGCUGCCGCCCACAACGGCCUCCUGCAGGGCUACCGCCUCACACUCACGCGGCUCGACGACUCCACAGAGAAGGUUGAGGAGCUGACUCGAAUGACGAGCGGCCGCGAGGAGAUCGUGGGCGGCCUGAGGGCGUGGUCGAACUACACCGUCACAGUCUCGGCCGUGACGCGGGCGGGCGCGGGCGUGGCGUCUCCCGACCUGACCUGCACCACGCGGGAGGAUGUGGCGGGCAUGCCGGCCGGGCUCAGGGCUCUGCAGUCAAGCGAUGACUCGGCUAUCCUGACGUGGCUGCCUCCACAGCCACCCACGGGCGUGCUCCUGGGCUACACGCUCAACCACCGCCCACCCCACGCCCGCGCACCGCUGCAGCACCCUCUUCACGCCCACGCCAACUCUCACACUCUCUCGCACCUCACCCGAGGGACGCACGAGUUCUGGCUCACAGCGAGGACGAGGGUGGGCGAGGGGACGCCCACGCCCGCGGUCAAGCUCACGAUGCUGGACACUGUCCACGCGGGCGUAGCGUCCCUUGGAGGCGUGAUAGUUGUGACCCAGGGAGACGACGUGAGAUUCGUGUGUGUUACCGUGGGCGCGCCUCUGCCAACACCAACGUGGAGCGUAGACGGAAGGCAUCUGGAAAAGAGUGGGAGGUUCACGCAAGAGGCAGACGGGUCGCUCGUGAUCCGCGGGGUGGAGCGCAGCGACCGGGGUAACUACACUUGCUCCAUUCACAGCGUUCGGAAGUCUCCUUACGUGCCCACUUCCACUAUGUAUGUCCUGCACGUGCAAGUGCCACCUGCCGCGCCCUCAGUGCACAUCGCGGAUGCCACCUCGACAACGCUGACGGUGUCGUGGGCGGCGGGAGACACGGGCGGUGCUCCAGUGCGGGCGUGGGCGGUGUGGUGGCGGGCGGCGGUGGGCGGAGGAGUGUGGCACACGCGGGAGCUCGGUCGGGCGCACUCGAGGCACGUGAUCACCGACCUGCAGUGCGGCGCCGAAUAUCAGGUGUACGUGACAGCUCGCACCCACGUGGGCAUCUCCCCCCCGUCUCGCCCAUUGACCGCCCGUACCUCCGGAUCGCCGCCCGUGGCACCGCCCACCCGCCACGUGGCCUCGGGAAAUAGUACGGGCGUGUGGGCGUGGCUGGGCCGCUGGGUGGACGGAGGAUGCCCUAUCACGCACUUCAUGCUGGAAUUGCGCCGCCCGCGGGACCCCACUUGGACCACGCUGGCGAGCAGUCUGGCGCCGCAGGAGGUAUACGAGAUCGGCGGCCUGCAAGUGGGCGCGAUCUUCGGGCUACGUCUGACCGCCCACAACGCCGCGGGCGCCACCACCACCACCGUGGACAUCACGACGGGGCCGGGGGGCGGCGUGGGGGCCAAGCCGGCGGGAGAGCUGGAGCUGGCGCCCCCCAACCCCAUCCACACGGACCCGCGCCUCAUGGCCUCCGCCGCCGCCUCCGCCCUGGCCCUGGCGCUCACCGUCGCCGCCGCCGUCCUCUGCUUCCGCCGCCGAGCUGCUGCCGGCAGGACCGGAAGCGGCGCCACCGAGGACCAGGAGGCCGAGCAGAACAAGACGAACCUCCUGCAGCAGCGAGACACCUAUUACGCCACCGUCAGGAAGCCCCAGCCAGUACCUGCUACUCUUGAGAGAAUAUCAGAAUACUCCGAGGACAUCUACCCGUACGCGACCUUCCAGCUGGGCGAAGGGCGUGGAGGACAAGACGAAACCGUCACCAACAAAUUCCAGACAUUUGUAUUCCAAGAUUCCCGUUACGGCGUCACCGAAGGGCAUCCUCCGACUUCGUCAGAUACGGACACCGAGCACGCCACGUCCUCGCGCACGGAGUCCUCCAUCCAUCUGGACUCCGCCACCCUCGAGAGCCACCACACGGCGCUCCACCUGCCCCUCGACCCCCACCUGGCCACGCUCGAGCCGCGCCCAGACGCCCAGGCCGCCCACGCCGCACGCAGGCCGGCUUCCAGGACCGUCCACCACAACCUGAUUUACCACGCCCCCGAGUCCAGCACGUCGACGGAGCCCUCGCCCAUCCUGGAGCGGAAGUCCUUCCCCCGCAAGAGCGACGGGAACAAGCUGGGUCGCGGCGGGGCCUUCCAGGGGCGCGGCCUCAGCAAGAUGGUGGCCAGCAUCAGGGGCGGCACCCAGGAGACCUCUCUCUCCUUCCCCAAGGCCGGCCACGCCUCCGACUCCAAGAGCUCGGACGACGGCAAGUACGGCUUCGCGCGGCAAAUCACUCCCCCCGUGGGAUUCUCCAGCAGCCACAACGAGCUCUCGGAGGCGGAGUGCGACCUGGAGAUGAGGCGGAGGAACAAGGAGGCCGAGGCCGCCUCCGCUGCGUACGUGGGGCACUCCAGGUCGCAGUUCAGGUCCUACGUGUCCGGCAAGGAGAAGGACUACAGCAUCAAGGUCUAAAAAGAUAUACAGGCCUAAAGUUAGACCCCAAAAUGUUGGCAAAUUAUAUUAGUGAGUCUGAAGGUGUAAUACGUCCAUUAAGAUUGCACCAAUAUCUGCACUUCGAGGUCUCUCUGACAUUUGAAUUAUCCGUA